GGCGGGCGCCCGGCGCGUCCAGUCCCCCCGAGCCUUUUAAAGCGUGGCGCGCUGGGGCCGGGCACGCGGAGCUCCGCGGCGGAGACAGCGGUUCGCCUAGCUCCCGGGAGCGGUGAGAGCAGCCAAGCGCCUAGGGCUGCCCUUCCCAGGCCGGCGGGCUGCCCGGGCUCCCCGCCGCCUCCCCGUGCGCCCCGGGAGGGCCCGGCAUGCUGCGCCCGCUGUUGCUCGCCGCGCUCUGCCUGGUGGGUCCCCCGGCGCCCGCGGGCGCCUGCCAGCUGCCCUCCGAGUGGAGGCCCCUGAGCGACGGCUGCCGCGCCGAGCUGGCCGAGACCAUCGUGUACGCGCGGGUGCUGGCGCUGCACCCCGAGGCGCCUGGCCUCUACAACCACCUGCCCUGGCAGCACCACGCCGGCCAGGGGGGCCUCUUCUACGCGGCCGAGGUAGAGAUGCUGUGUGACCAGGCGUGGGGCAGCAUGCUGGAGGUGCCCGCCGGCUCCAGGCUCAACCUCACCGGCCUGGGCUACUUCUCGUGCCACUCCCACACCGUGGUCCAGGACUACUCCUAUUUCUUCUUCCUCAGGAUGGAUGAAAAUUAUAACCUUUUGCCUCACGGAGUCAAUUUCCAAGAUGCCAUCUUCCCAGACACUCAAGAGAACAGAAGGAUGUUUUCUAGCCUUUUCCAGUUUUCAAACUGUUCCCAAGGACAGCAGCUGGCGACUUUCUCCAGUGACUGGGAAAUCCAGGAAGACAAUAGGCUCAUGUGCUCUUCGGUGCAGAAGGCCCUGUUCGAGGAGGAGGACCACGUGAAGAAACUGCAGCAGAAAGUCGCCACCCUGGAGAAGCGCAACCGGCAGCUCCGGGAGCGGGUGAAGAAGGUCAAGAGGUCCUUGCGGCAGGCGCGCAAGAAGGGCCGCCACCUGGAGCUGGCGAACCAGAAACUCAGCGAGAAGCUGGCUGUGGGCGUGCUGCCGCACAUCAACGCCCCAGGGCCCGUGCGCGCCCCCUACCUGCGGGGUUAACGGGACGGGGGCUGCUGGGUGUGCAGGGCUAAUCCUGGCGGCAAUGGAGAAUGAGUGAGGUUUUGUAUUCAUCUGUUUCAAGCGUUGUAGGAGUUUUCGUUUUUAAUCACGCAUUUGGUAGUCUAAAUGGAUAAAAUGCAAGUCUUGCCUU